CCUGAGGUAAAAAAGUGCUGAAGGCCUGGUAAGAAAAAGGCAUAGACAGAAGGAGGGGUGGCAGGUCAGAGCUGCUGCGGGUAACCAGCAUGAGCUUGCCUGGUAGAAGAACAUGAAAAAACAGAAGAAUAUGCAAACAGUUAAGGGAAAGUGCCAAGAAGACAGACUCUCUGCUGCUGCCCACAAGCAGAGGGACCUGGAGACCAUGCAGCUGAAGCAGAAAAGGGAAAACGAGAAGGAAGAACCUAAGUAG